CCAGUGAUCAACCUCCCCGGAAGUAUCAAGAAGACCUGACCUCCAUAUUUAUGGUGCUCGAGGAGAACAUGGUCUCGUUUGUAAAGAGUGAGCUGAAGAAGUACCGGACGGCUCUGAGUGCAGAUCACACUGAGCGCUUUGAGUGGCAGUGUGAGGAAGAGGAGGUGGUGGACAGUGAGGAGGAGGAACGACAGAGGAGCAGCAGAGAGGCAUUUUUGAAGAUUACGGUUCACUUUCUGAGGAGUAUGAAGCAGGAGGAGCUGGCUGCCACCCUGCACAACAAAAGUCUUGCAGCAGUGUGCCAGCGCAACCUCAAAUCUCACCUACAGAAGAAGUUUCAGUAUUUGUUUGAGGGUAUUCCUAAAGAAGGACACCCGACACUUCUGAAAGAAAUCUACACAGAGCUGUACAUCACAGAAGGAGGGAGUGGGGAGCUCAACGAUGAACAUGAGAUACGACAGAUUGAAGCAGCGUCCAGGAAACCAACAGCUCUGGAAACAUCGAUCAGGUGUGAAGACAUCUUUGAACCCUUACUUGGGAAAGACAAACCGAGCAGAACCGUCUUGACAAAGGGAGUGGCCGGCAUUGGGAAAACCGUCCUAACCCAUAAGUUCACUCUGGACUGGGCUGAAGACAAAACCAACAACGACGUACAGUUCACAUUCCCUUUCACUUUCAGAGAGCUGAAUCUGCUGAGUGGAAAAAACUACAGCUUAGCGGAACUUCUUCAUGUCUUCUUUACAGAGAUCAAAGAAGCAGAAAUCUGCAUGUUCGACAAGUUCAAGGUCGUCUUCAUCUUUGACGGUCUGGACGAGUGUCAGCUUCGUCUGGACUUCCACAACCAUGAGAUCCUGACUGAUGUUACAGAGUCCACCUCAGUGGAUGUGCUGCUGACAAACCUCAUGAGGGGGAAACUGCUUCCCUCGGCCCACCUCUGGAUAACCACACGGCCUGCAGCGGCCAAUCAGAUCCCUCUUGAGUGUGUCGACAUGGUGACAGAGGUGAGAGGGUUCACUGACCUGCAGAAGGAGGAGUACUUCAGGAGGAGAUUCAAAGAGGAGGAGCAGGCCAGCGGAAUCAUCUCCCACAUCAAGGCAUCACAAAGCCUCCACCUCAUGUGCCACAUCCCAGUCUUCUGCUGGAUCAUCGCUACAGUUCUGGAAAAUGUCUUGAAAACCAGUGACAGAGGAAAGCUGCCCAAGACUCUGACUGAGAUGUACACACACUUCCUGGUGGUUCAGUCCAAGCUGGCAAAUAUCAAAUAUCAUGAAGGGGCUGACACAGAUCCACUGUGGAACACAGAGACCAGCAAGAUGAUCGUCAGUCUGGGAAAACUUGCGUUUGAACAGCUGCAGAAAGGCAAGCUGAUCUUCUAUGAAGCAGAUCUCAUAGAGUGUGGCAUCGACAUCAGAGCUGCCUCCGUCUACUCUGGAGUGUUCACGCAGAUCUUUAAAGAGGAGCAAGGGCUCUACAAAGAGAAGGUUUUCUCUUUUGUCCACCUGAGCAUUCAAGAGUUUCUGGCUGCCUUUUACGUCUUCCUGACUUUCAUCAACACUGGUGUAAAUGUACUGUCAGAGCCACAGUCAACAUCCAAAUGGUCAACACUGAUAAAAAGCAAAUCCAGACUCACACAUCUCUACCAAAGUGCAGUGGAUAAGGCUUUACAGAGCCCAAAGGGACACCUGGACUUGUUCCUCCGCUUCCUCCUGGGUCUGUCACUGGAGACCAAUCAGAGUGUCUUCGAAGGCCUACUCACAAACAAAGGGUGCAACUCAGAGUCCAGUCAGGAGACGGUCCAGUACAUCAAGAAGAGGAUCAGAAAGACUCCCUCUCCAGAGCGAUGCAUCAACCUGUUUCACUGUUUGAAUGAGCUGAAUGAUCAUUCUCUACUGGAGGAGAUCCAACAGUACCUGAGCUCAGGUAGACUGUCCACACAGAAACUGUCUCCAGGUCAGUGGUCGGCUCUGGUCUUCAUCUUACUGUCAUCAGGGAAAGAAUUGGACGUGUUCGACCUAAAUAAAUACUCCGCUUCAGAGGAAGGUCUUCUGAGGCUGAUGCCAGUGGUCAAAGCCUCUAAUAAAUCUUUGCUGAGUGGCUGCAAGCUGUCGUGGAGGAGCUGUGAACUUCUAGCGUCAGUCCUCAGCUCCCAGUCCACUAAUCUGAGAGAGCUGGACCUGAGCAACAACCACCUGCAGGACGUAGGAGUGAAGCUGCUCUCCCCUGGACUGAUGAGUCCAAGCUGUCGACUGGAAACUCUCAGGCUCAGUCACUGUAAGCUGUCGGAGAGAAGCUGUGAAGCUUUGGCCCCAGUUCUGAGCUCUGUGUCGUCCAGUCUGAAAGAGCUGGACCUGAGUAACAACAACCUGCAGGAUUCAGGAUUGAAGCACCUCUCUACUGGACUGGCGAGUCCAAACUGUACACUGGAAACUCUCAGACUCAGCAGCUGUGAGCUGUCAUGUGAAGGCUGUGAAGCUCUGCCCUCAGUCCUCAGCUCACAGUCCUCUAACCUGAAGGAGCUGGACCUGAGUAACAACAACUUGCAAGAUUCAGUGGUGAAGCUGCUCUCUGUUGGACUUGAGCAUCCGCACUGCACACUGGAAACUCUCAGGUUGAAUCAAACCAGCCUCACAGAGAGGUGCUGUGAAGAGUUUGCAUCAGUUCUCAGCUGCCAGUUCUCUAGUCUGAGAGACCUGGACCUGAGUAACAACGACCUGCAGGAUUCAGGAGUGGAGCAGCUUUCUGCUGGACUCGAGAGUCCACACUGUACACUCCAGACUCUAAGGAUGAGUAUGUGCAAGCUGUCAUGGAUGAGCUAUGAGGCUCUGUCCUCAGCUCUCUGCUCCCACUCCUCGACUCUGACGGAGCUGGACCUGAGUAACAACGACCUGCAGGAUUCAGGAGUGAAGCUGUUUUCUGUUGGACUGCAGGAUCCACACUGCAGACUGGAAACUCUUCGGCUGUCAGGCUGUCAGGUCACAGAGGUAGGCUGUGUUUCUCUGGCCUCAGCUCUGAGCUCCAACCCCUCCCAUCUGAGAGAGCUGGACCUGAGCUACAAUCAUCCAGGAGACUCAGGAGUCAAGCUGCUCUCUGUUGGACUGGAGGAUCCAAACUGGAGACUGGAAAAUCUCAGGAUGGACCAUGGAGGAGAGCAGAGGUUGAAAUCCGGUCUGUUGAAGUAUGCCUGUGAACUCACACUGGACCCGAACACUGCACACAGAAAGCUUUAUGUUUCCAAGGACAACAAACAAGUAACACUGUUGCCAAAGAAUCUGUCAGUUCCUGAUCAUCCCGAGAGAUUUGACUACUGGAAACAGCUGCUGUGCAGAGCUGGUCUGACUGGUUGCUGUUACUGGGAGGUGGAACGACAGGGAGGAGUGUACAUGGGAGUAACUUACAGAGGAAUCGUAAGGAGUGGAAAAGGUGACGACUGCAGGCUUGGCUGGAAUGAAAAGUCCUGGAGUCUGUUCUGCUCUGACGAUGGUUACUCUGCAUUUCACGAUAACAGAGAAACAGACGUAUUGGCUUCGCCCUCUCGCAGAGUAGCGGUGUAUCUGGACUGGCCUGCCGGCACUCUGUCCUUCUACAGAGUCUCCUCUGACUCGCUGAUUCACCUCUACACCUUCCACUCUACAUUCACCGAACCCCUCUACCCUGCAUUCAGGUUGGGGUGGCCCGGGUCCAUCAUCAGUGUGCGAACAUGCUCCUAAGUUAGCUGGUUAUGACGAUAAAGCAGACACUUAGGCUCAGAGCUACCUUUGCCUCACUUCCAGAGAACGAUCAAUCUUAGAUAGUUGGAGUGAUCGAAUGAAUGCUGAAAGGAACAGAUAAACAUUUUGGGAACUAUGUUUUGUCGCUUUCUUAUGGUGAGUUAGAUGAGAGGAUUGAUACCACCCUCAUGUUUGUACAGUAAAUAUGAAGCUGAACCAGUUAGCUUAGGUUAGCAUGAAGGCUGGGAACAGGGAAAGGUGAAAGAUGCAAUUUAACGUAACAUUUUUCUUACUUGUUGUCUAAACUGUACUUGAAUGAAACUGACAUUAUAUUAUCAUUUAAUUUUUUGUAUGUGUUUGUCCCUUUUAUUUGUAUUUUGUCAACUCUAAGAUACAUGGGUUUAUUUUUUUAUUUGCCAGUGUGACAGAAACAUUAGUGCUGUGAAUGAAACCUUUUAAUCACUUCUCAGAUUGAUGAAGGUAAUAAAGGUAAUGAGAGAUCAAA